GGCGGCGGCGGCGGCGGCGGCGGUCGAGGCUGAGGCGGCGGCGGCGGGCGGGGCUCGGCUCGGGCUCCGCGGGCGGGCGGGCGGACAUGGCGGCCAACAUGUACCGGGUCGGAGAUUAUGUUUACUUUGAGAAUUCCUCCAGCAACCCGUACCUAAUCAGAAGGAUAGAGGAACUCAACAAGACUGCAAGCGGCAAUGUGGAAGCAAAAGUGGUGUGCUUUUACAGAAGACGGGACAUCUCCAACACGCUUAUCAUGCUCGCCGACAAGCAUGCUAAAGAAACUGAGGAGGAGUCGGAGACGCCAGUUGAGGCCGACCUGACGGAGAAGCAGAAGCACCAGCUGAAACACAGGGAGCUCUUUCUGUCGCGCCAGUACGAGUCGCUGCCUGCCACACAUAUCAGGGGGAAGUGCAGCGUGGCCCUGCUGAAUGAGACAGAAUCCGUGUUGUCAUACCUUGACAAGGAGGAUACCUUCUUCUACUCACUGGUAUACGACCCUUCAGUGAAAACAUUAUUGGCCGACAAAGGUGAAAUCAGAGUGGGACCAAAGUACCAAGCUGACAUUCCAGACAUGCUACCAGAAGGAGACUCAGAUGAGAGGGAACAAUCAAAAUUGGAAGUUAAGGUUUGGGACCCCAAUAGCCCACUAACGGAUCGACAGAUUGACCAGUUUUUAGUUGUAGCCCGUGCUGUGGGAACAUUUGCCCGAGCCCUGGACUGCAGCAGCUCCGUGAGGCAACCCAGCCUUCACAUGAGUGCGGCCGCAGCCUCCCGAGACAUCACCUUGUUUCAUGCCAUGGACACACUGUACAGGCACGGCUAUGACCUCAGCAGCGCCAUCAGUGUGCUGGUGCCGCUCGGAGGGCCAGUCCUCUGCAGGGACGAGAUGGAGGAGUGGUCGGCCUCUGAAGCCUGCCUGUUCGAAGAAGCACUGGAAAAAUACGGCAAAGAUUUCAACGACAUCCGUCAGGACUUUCUCCCGUGGAAAUCCUUGACUAGCAUCAUUGAAUAUUAUUACAUGUGGAAAACUACUGACAGAUACGUGCAGCAGAAGCGCCUGAAGGCCGCAGAAGCCGAGAGCAAACUGAAACAAGUGUACAUCCCGACUUACAAACCAAAUCCCAACCAAAUCUCCAGCAGCAACGGCAAGGCUGGCACUGUGAACGGAGCUGUGGGGACCCCGUUUCAGCCCCAGAGUGCCCUCCUAGGGCGAGCCUGCGAGAGCUGCUACGCCACACAGUCUCACCAGUGGUAUUCCUGGGGCCCACCUAACAUGCAGUGUAGACUCUGCGCGACCUGCUGGCUGUAUUGGAAAAAGUAUGGAGGUCUGAAAAUGCCUACCCAGUCAGAUGAAGAGAAGUCUCCCAGCCCGACUGCAGAGGACCCUCGCGCGAGAAGCCACAUGUCCCGGCAGGCCUUGCAGGGCAUGCCGGUCCGGAACACCGGGAGCCCCAAGUCUGCAGUGAAGACCCGCCAAGCUUUCUUCCUUCGUACUACGUAUUUCACAAAAAUUGCUCGUCAGGUCUGCAAAAGCACCCUGCGGCUGCGGCAGGCAGCGAGACGGCCGUUUGUUGCUAUUAAUUAUGCUGCCAUUAGGGCAGAAUAUGCAGACAGACAUGCCGAACUUUCUGGAAGCCCACUGAAAAGCCGAAGCACCAGGAAACCUUUGUCGUGUAUCAUUGGGUAUUUAGAGAUUCAUCCCGCAAAGAAACCUAAUGUAAUUCGGUCUCCACCAAGCCUGCAAACUCCAGCUACCAAGAGGAUGCUCACCACUCCGAAUCACACCUCUCUGAGCAUUCUGGGGAAAAGAAACUACAGCCAUCACAAUGGUCUAGAUGCCUCCAAGAUUCGGAUGGUGAAUUCUCUGAUUUUCGGAAGGGGAGGACAUGAACUCAGAAGCCUGCAACUAGAAACUGUAAAAGAGAUUGCUUUUGUGGCGCCGCCAGUUGAUCAGAGGGCAGAGUCUCCAAGUCCACGGGCUUCAAGUACUUCUGAGUAGUCAAACAAUAGGGGACAUUUUGCAGAAAACAAAAACUUACCUGCUGUGUGUCAGACUGAGCUAUCCCUACUCCAUCCUGUACUCCAAGAUCUGCUACUGUCCUGCUGGUGGUCACAGCCAUGCCUGGAAAGGAGGUGGCCCCCUUCAGUGGGAGGGCUCCGUGUGCACCCCUUGCAAGCCCAAAAGGGGGCAGGGAAGAAACUGUAGGAGCACACAAUCUGGAUCUGUGACUCCAUGUGUGACCAGUGACACCUAGCUUCCUUCCCGGAGACCUUGCUGUUCCAGAGUGGACCUGUCUGCGAGCUGAGGCAGGGGGGGCUUUCAGCCUCCUGGCUUCCCAGUUCCCAAUUCCUAGAUGCAGCUGGCUCAGCCGUGAGGCUGCUGAGAGCCCAGAGCCCCAAUGCCCUGCAUGUGUGCACCCUCUUGUUUCAUGCUGUGAAAUUAUGUACAGGAAAGACACAGCAUCUUUCUGAGCGGCUUCUUCAGAAUAGGCCAGUGUUUCUGCCGUUCAUCGUAGUUCCCUGCCCUCUCUAUUGUAUCUCUUGGCUUCUUUCUCAGUAAGCCACCUUUUUUUUCCUCUCUGGGGAAACUAUUCUUUCCUUUCUGCAUUUUGUACAGGGUUUGCUCCCACCCUCUGUGGAGCCUGAGGGUCUGGAGAGCCUGUGAGUAACUAACUCUCAGCAUCUGUUUAGUCACUGGAGAGAAGCUGGGGUGGGGUUGGUUUGCCUGCAGUCCUGUAGCGCUCCCCAGAGAUCAGGCAUUGAUCGUGCCAAGUGUGUGCAUCACUGUGACAAGCGGUUGGCUUACUGCCCUCUCCUCUUGUAGCUAACCAGCUGACAAAGACCUGGAACCGGGGUGGGAGGCUCCUACAGUGGGUCGUGGAACCCCCAUUUUAUUUGAAGUAGACUCUGUUGAGCCUGAGGGGUGGGGUAAAAGGGUGGAAACCCUAUUUGUAGGUAUAAAUCUCUGUAGAUGGCUUUGUGUUCCCUCGCUCUUGCAGCUCAGUGUCUUUGUGAGAGCUUGUGCUGAGGCCCCUGGAGACCUGACUAUUUUACUGCCCUGAAUACCAGCCUUCAGUAACAUCCCAGAUGACUCCUCUGCCAGCCUCGACACUUAGCUGCAGUCACCAAAGUAACUCCCUAAGCAGAGGAUGUGGCCACCUCUCCAUUAGCAGGGACAAGCUGUGGAGCCCAGAAUCCCAGGACUGUGAUAGGUGACUAGAGUCUGACCUUGCAACCACCUUGGGGCCUGUGUCUUAAAGCAGCUGGGUGGCUGAUGGGUGGGACCCCCAAAGCUGGGUGGCUGAUGGGAGGGACCCCCAAACAGGUUGUUGCAAGGCAGAGUUGCCGUAGCUGGAACUGAAUCCCUAAGAAGAGUAAAUUGUCACAAAGAUAACGACAUCUGGAAGUCUGUGUUCCAUGCAGCAGAAAGGAGUGUGUGUGUGGCUGAGGACAUUGGUCAGGGUACCAGCUGCCUUGUCCUCUCUCAGAGUUCUCUGGGGAGGAGGUUCUUUUCAGCGUAUGCCUUUACACAGCUAUGGCAAGUCCCCAUCACUGCUAGGCCUCGGCUUGGAACCCUGCAAGUGGGGCCUGGGUCAGUGGUGCCCCAUGAAACAUGUGCAGGUGGCUGGCAUUUCACUAUAGUACCCCCAUCAGCAAAGACCCAAAAGAGGGAGCAGCAGGUUUUUGGGGGGUAUUGUCUUAGUUAGGGUUUUAUUAAUGUGAAGAGACACCAUGACCAAGGCAACCCUGAUAAAUGAAAACAUUUAAUUGGGGCUGGCUUACAGGUUCAGAGGUUCAGUCCAUUAUCAUCAGGGUGGGAAGGCUGGCAGUGUUCAGGAAGACCUGAUGCUAGCAAAGGAGCUAAGGGUUCUACAUCUUGAUCAGCAGGCAGCAGAAGGAGACUGUGUGCCACACUGAGCAGAGCUUGAGCAUAGGAGACCUCAAAGCCCGCCCUCACAUUGACACACUUCCUCCAACAAAGCCACACCUCCUAAUAGUGCCACUCCCUGUAGGCCAAGUAUUCAAACACAUAAAUCGUUGGGGGCCAUACUUAUUCAAGCCACCAUAGAUAUUCUCUUGAAAAAAAAAAAAAAGAGAAGAGCUAACACAGUUGUCUCUGACCCUGCCCUGGGUUUACGUGGCACAGAGACACAGGGAGAAACACUUGCUUGUCCCCCCUGUUUAUUUUCCUCUUCUACCCUGGCACAUCAUGAGUGACAGCUCAUCAUGCUAACCGCCAGUCGCCCUGACUGCAGAGGUCUCAUUCUCUCUGCCAGGUCCAGGAGAUCUGGAGAAGGGGCCUCGCCAGGGAUGGUAGCAGCAGCACAGGAGGCCUGUCCUAGCCUGGGUCCCAGUUGGCUUCGGGGAAAGCACAGCUCACUUUGAGCCCCAUGUAUCUAGAAUGUUCUCUCUCAUCUCGCUUGUGAGAGCGGGCUCUUGCAGCCUCGCCCUCCCCAACACAUAACGUAAGCAGCUUGGCUCCUCCAGCUGACUACUGGGAAACCCAGAACACAGCAGGAAUGUCCCAGGGUAGGUUCCAAGGGACCUGGACUCUUGACUUUGCCUUUUUGAGCACUUGGUGUUAAGAGAGCUUCUCACCACAGCCUUUCUGAGGCCCACGGUGAUGCUGUCAUGGGAGUCGAUGACAUGUCACCGCUGCUCAGUGAGCAGAUGAUGGCCAAGCUGAGGCUCUCUCCACAGGCAUUCGGCCAUGCCAGGUCCCCUGGGAGGACCCAAGAAACCUCUGCCCUCAGACAUUGCCACUGCUCUGAUAAACUGAGGGCGUACGGAAGCGGAGAGCUGAAGGAGGCUGCUGGAAGCUCCCACGGUUCUGCCUUGUCUCUAGCCCAGUGUCUAUCACUCAGGGCCCAGCCAGGAGAGCAAAGCUUGUAUUUACGGUUCAGAACUAAAGUGAGAAUAGCAGGAGUGGAGAGCACGGGUCAGAUGCACAUACUGACAAGGCCAUGAAACUACGGGCCAGAGCCACUGCGAAGGAGCCAAAGCCAUGAGGAGUCAGAGAGUGGGGAGAAAGAACUUGGCCUCUCCCUCCCACCCUCUGGAUUUCCGUGGGUGCUUCCCACCAGCUGGCUCCAGCCAGAAGCCAGCUACCCUGGGAACCUGUGGGCUCAGCAAGCAGCAGGGGGAGAGGAAGAGAGGGCCAAGGGAGAGCAGCCCUGGGGCAGGGGUACCCCUGUUGCUCUGUCUUCGGAGAAUGGCAGUUCCUCUGCAAUGCUAAGACCUUGGGGAAGGAAGCAGAGGAGUGGCCUGCUUGGGCUUGUAGAUUGUUUUCAUUCUUCUGAGGAGGGAAAGCCUUUCUGCACAGUUGACCCUGCUCUCCUUUGGAGGAAUUGGCCCACUAAAGUACCUUGCCUUGUGCUCCCCUCUAGAAAGCCAUGUCCUGGUUUCUGUGUACACCCCUGCCUGUUCCUCUCCUCCCAGUUUCUGGUCCCCUCCUUCCCUCCCCCCACCACGAGCACGAACCAGAGCUGGCCUCAGUGCUCUUGGGAAAGCUCUCUCCCACGCCGUGCCAGUGUGGCCUAUCUGUCCGUAGGAGAGGCCAUCUAUUUGUCAGUUUGUAUUGUGUUUCCAAUAAAUUUCUGGAAAUCA